AUGGCAGAAACGAACAGUGUUCUAUCUAUCUAUCUAUCUAUCUAUCUAUCUAUCUAUCUAUCUAUCUAUUUUCGUAUGCUUAUAUCUAUCUUUCUAUCUAUCUAUUUAUCUAUCUAUCUUUUUUCGUAUGCUUAUAUCUAUCUAUCUAUCUAUCUAUCUAUUUAUCUGGCUAUUUUCUAUCAUUUUCGUCGGCGUUAUCAACGCACGCGUCGUCGUGGUCGCCGUCCCCUAACUACAGCGAAGAGUAGGAAAGACUUCAACAACGGUAGGCUACAGCGGAAGCAAGGCUUGCCAAAGCGCUUGACUGGUACGAGCCGUAGCUGCGUUGUAAAUAUUCUCUACCCUCUAUAUUUCCUUGACUGUGUCUCUUUCUUUCUUUCUUUCUUUCUUUCUUUCUUUCUUUCUAAUCAUUUCCCAGGUAUUCGCAGCUACUCACUUUAUUUCUUCCUUUUCAUUCAUUCUUUAUUUCUUUACAAUCGUGUGUCAAAUAUAAGUUACACUUUUUUUUCUUUCUUUCAUUGUUUCUUUCUCUUCGUUCUUUCCAAUAAUAUCCUUCCAUUUCUUUCUUUCUUUCUCUCUAAUCAUUUCCCAGGUAUUCGCUGCUACUCACUUUAUUCCUUUCUUUUCUUUCAUUCUUUGUUUCUUUCUUUCUUUGCAAUUAUAUUCCAGGUAUUCGCUACUCUCUUAAUUCCUUCUUUGUUUCUUUCUUUGUUUCUUACUAAUCAUGUUUCAAGUAUUCACCGCUACUCUUUUAUGCCUUCCUUUUCUUUCUUUCUUUCUUUCUUUCUUUCUUUCUUUCUUUCUUUCUUUCUUUUUUUUUUUCUUUCUUUCUUUCUUUCUUUUUUUCUUUCUUUCUUUUUUCUUUCUUUCUUUCUUUCUUUUUCUUUUUCUUUCUUUCUUUCUUUCUUUCUUUCUUUCUUUCUUUCUUUCUUUCUAAUCAUGUUCCAGGGAUUCGCUACUCUAUGUAUUCUUUCUUUUUUAUUUUCCGCUUCUCUUACGCAUUUUUCUUUGCGUUCUUUCCUUCAAACUUUCCCAAAUACUUUUUUUUCUUUUUUUCUUUACUUCUUCCUUUCCAAUUUUGUUUCAAUUUUUCGCUCCUCACUCGAUUCCUUCCUUUUCUUCUUCCUUUCUUUCCAAUCGUGUUUCAACUCUUCAUUAUUCCUUUUCCUUUCUAUUUCUUUCAUUCUUUCUAAUUUUGUUUCCAUUAUAUGCUCAUCUUUUCCUUUCUUUCUUUGCUUCUUUCUUUCUUUCUUUCUUUCUUUCUUUCUUUCUUUCUUUCUUUCUGUCUUUCUUUCAAUGUUUCAUUUAUUCGCUACUUGCUUUAUUCCUUCCUUUUCGUCUUCCUUAUAUUCCUUCCUUUUUUCUUUCUCAUUUUGUUUCUAUUAUACCCUAUUCUUUUUCCUUUCUUUCUCUCAAUGUUUUUUUUUAAUUUAUUCACUACUAUUUUUAUUCCUUCUUUUUCUUCUCCCUCUCUUUCUUUUUUUUAUUUCUUUCCAACAGUUUAUUUGCUACUCUCAUUAUUUCUUCCUUUUCUUCUUCCUUUUCUUUCUUUCUUUCUUUCUUUCUUUUCAGCCAUAUUUUAACUCUUCAUUAUUCCUUUUGUUCCUUCCUUUUCUUCUCUCUAUUUUUCUUCGUGUCUUUCUUUCUUUCUUUCUUUCUUUCUUUCUUUCUUUCUUUCUUUCUUUCCUGGCCUACAUCUGCUUUCAUUUCCUUUUUCCGCAUCCUUUUGCACCCAAAGCUUUUAUUCUUCAAGAACUUCCGUCUCGACAGCGACCACUGAACGAUUCAUUCACAUCUUUAAACAAAAGUAUUCUUUCAUUUUCCUGUUUCUUUAUCUCACUGUCAUGUCUGCCUAACACCCGCCGCAAUUUACACUGGUCACCUUUUGAGGUCUUUUCUUACUUCCCCUCUUUCUCUUUUCGUCGUCUACAGGCUUGGCUGACGAUCAAGUUGAAAAUGCGUCCCCUAUAUUUUCGUCUCGGUAUAGCAUCAUUCUCGCUUGAGGUGGUCUGUUCUUUCUUUCUUUCUUUCUUUCUUUCUUUUCCCUUUCGUCCCUUGUUUAAGGGCUUGGUGACAGUUGAAAUUGCUUUCUUUCUCCUUUCCUUAAUCUCGGCGUGA